GUAGCAAAGUGGGAGUGAAUUCAGCAUGGCGGAUUGUAGAGUGAUCGCUGUGUUUGUGACUGUGUGUUGUUGCAUGUCUGCCGCGAUGGCGGAUCAACCGGCAACUAUAUCUCCUGCAGCAUCUGAUAUUCAGAAAGAAAAGACUGUUGCGUUGCAACACACGACAGAUAGUCUUACAAUUUUGAUGUUGCUGGGACUUCUAAUGUUGACAAUUUUGACAGUCUGGCUUUUCAAGCAUCGGCGAUUCCGUUUUGUCCAUGAGACGGGGCUUUCAAUGAUAUAUGGACUGAUUGUUGGCGUGAUCAUCAAGUUCAUCUAUGCCACGCCCACACCCUCAGUUACCCCCGAUGAUUCCAAAGUGUGGGCCGUGCUGUCAAACAACACCAACAGUACGUUCUACUCCGGGAACGCCCCUCCUACAUUGUACAUCAGCCUCCCGGACAGCAAGAACUCCACCGACAAUCAGACAUUCAAGUAUAACCUGACCAGCGAUGGAUCCGCCAAACCUGAACCCAUGCUGGAGAAAGCUGUGACAUUUGAACCUGAGCUGUUCUUCAAUGUGAUGCUGCCUCUGAUUAUAUUUGAGGCUGGGUACAGUAUGAAGCGACGUCAUUUCUUCAAGAAUCUUGGGGCCAUCAUAAUGUUUGCCUUUAUUGGCACCACAAUAUCCUGUUUAGCUGUAGGGGGGACGAUGUUUGGGCUGACGCGUCUAAUGUCCUAUACAGAGUUCACACUCAAUGACUGCUUCUUCUUUGGAGCCAUCAUCUCCGCCACAGACCCAGUAACGGUGCUGGCACUUUUUCACGACCUCCAUGUCGACGUGGAUUUGUACGCAAUUGUGUUUGGAGAAAGUGUCUUCAACGAUGCUGUGGCUAUAGUUUUAUCAGGAUCUGUGGAAACAUAUGGACAACUCUCAGGAGGGAAAAAGUUUAAUGCAGAGGCAUUUUUUAAAGCUCUUGGCAAUUUCCUGGGGAUAUUUGGUGGUGCCUUUGCCAUUGGAUCUCUCAUGGGAUGUGCCACAGCACUUAUCACAAAGUACACGAAGAUCCGUGACUUCCCGCUGCUGGAGACGGCGCUCUUCUUCCUCAUGUCGUACAGCUCCUUCCAGACAGCUGAGGUGGCAGGGCUCACAGGUAUUGUUGCAGUGUUAUUCUGUGGAAUCACCCAGGCCCACUACACCUACAACAACCUUUCUGCUGAGUCUAAAGACAGAACAAAACAGUUGUUUGAGCUGACAAACUUCCUGUCAGAGAACUUUGUGUUUCUGUACAUCGGAGUGUCCGUCUUCACUUUUCAAGAGAGCAGAAUUCGCUGGGAUGCUGGAUUCAUAUUCGCUUCAUUUCUUGCUAUAAUCAUUGGUAGAUUUUUGAAUAUCUACCCAUUGUCCUUCUUGCUGAACCUGGGGAGAACCAACAAGAUCGGCUGGAACUUCCAGCACAUGAUGAUGUUUUCAGGUUUACGAGGCGCCAUCGCCUUUGCCCUGGCUAUAAGGAACACGUCAACAUUGCCACGGCAGUACAUCGUGUCAGCGACGAUGAUCAUCGUCCUGGCAACUGUAGUCCUGUGUGGAGGCCUCACUACUCCCAUGUUGCAGUGGCUCAAAAUAAGGGUGGGUGUGGAUGAAGAGAUGGAAAUGCAGCAGAUGCCUCCCUCCAAUGCAGUGAGGAGUGCUAUGCAGAACCAGCGUCAAUACAGCACAAUGAACAGUCCCUCCGAUGACCAGCCUCCCAUGCCCCAUGCCACCACGGCAAACUGGCCGGAGCCUGGAGACCCUGUGGAGGUACCGAGGACGAAAGGGAAAGCUUGGCUAGUUGCCAAGUGGUAUAACUUUGAUAUGGUGUUUAUGAAACCGUUUUUAACAAAUUGUCGACCAACGCUUAUGGAGACAUUACCAAAAUGCUGCUUACCCCUUGCCAAGCUGCUGACCACGGAGGAGCAGAUGACACAGGGCGAGUCUCAUCGUGACAAUGAUUCUGACACUGACAUGAUAAUCGACCACAGUCAGCUGUCUAUCGGUGAAUCUGAGCUCUCCUCCAUACCUUCGAACCAUGCAGAGAAUGAUACCAGCAGAAAGCUACCCAUGCAAGAAGCAGUUGAUGCAUGAGGAACCAGAAACCUAUGAUCUAGGACUCGGUCACAAUAGCCAGCCAAUGAACUUAAGAGUUAACCUGCCUGGUCCAACUGGUGACAAGGUCUGAGAAGGGGGAGAUUACUCUCACUAUGGGAGAUAACUCUUGUCUGUUGAGAUUCCAAUACUGCCCAUAUCUUUCAGCAAACAGGAAUUCCAUGACUGAGUCUUCGGAAUGGAGUUUUCUUUGCCCGAAUGCACAGUGCUGUGAAAGGUUAUCUGUUGUAGUGGCGUGAAUCUGUCUAUAUUCCUGUUUUGUGUGUAGCUUGUGUUUAAUGUGACGUGCCUGCACACAGCAGUGUUCAUACUGAGUAGAUUCUCACAGUUCAGAAGAAGCUUGAUGAUGUAUAUGUUUCCCACUGACAAUGUACAGUAGGAUUUUGUGGUUGCUCUUGUCAUGUAAAUGAUUAUGUAUUUUAGAUCGUAAGUCGUAGGUAGCUUCUAAGUACGAAAACUGUUGAUGAUUUCACGGUAGCCAUGUAGUCCCAGAAACAUACCGCAUGUGGGAUUACCUGAUUUAACUUUGGUUUAGCUGAAUAAUCGCACAAGAUUUGACAAGUAUAUGACGACACAGAUUUGAACUCGCCUGGAUCUGUGGGGCAUCUUAAAGAUAAGGUGGGAAGGGGAGUUUAUUAUUUAAGCCUGUCUAUGUUCAUUAAUUAGAAACUCUAUGAAAUAGGACUGCUUUAAGUGAAUGUUUGAAUUUAACCCUGUUUUUCUAAUGAGAACUCCCUGGGGUAGCCCAGUUCUUAAAGCAUUCACUUGUCAUGCCAAAGGCCGGCGGGUUUGAUUCCCCACAUUGGUACAUUGUGUGAAGCCCAUUUCUGGUGUCCCCUGCUGUGAUAUUGCUGGAAUAUUGCUAAAAGUGGCAUAAAACCCACUGACUCAUAACCUAGGGGCAAUCUUUCGGCACAUGUCAUGAGACAGUCAAGGUCAAGGUACCGGAAUUGAAAACAAGACUUGAAGACUUGAACCUAUGGGAUGAAGGUACUGAUGGGGAUUGAUUCGGUUUUCUUACCAGCACAUCUAGUUAUUCCUGGAAUAAUAUUAAUUUAGUUUCGACACUGAUUGACUGAAAUUUUGUCUGAAAUUAUUUUUUCAUACGUCAGCUUUAUUUCAUACCACAGCCUUCACCAAAGCACAAAAAUCUCCACACCUGUUUUAUCUGAUAUUCUGUUUUAAGCAUAAUUAGGAUUGUUUUGUUAGACUUUUCUGUGUGUGUUUUAUGUUCUUUCUAACCAGCUGACUUUACAUUGGUGCAGUUCCUGUUUUGUUCUUGUUUUGUUGAGGAUUUGAUUGUUUUGUUGAGCUAAUUUUGUCAAAGGGUUCCUUAUUUCUCUUAGUCUUUUUCAGUUGUGUAUGAUGUUUGGAGACAUGCUGCUGUAGAUAAAAUGAUUAAUAAAGCAUGUGUGAGAGACCUGUUUUUAAAGCAAGGAAAUCCCAUGGUUGUAGUGUUCACAUAAACCUACAGGAAUGAUUUCAAUUCCCCACAUGGGCACUAUGUGUGAAACGCAUUUUUGGUGUCCCCAGGUGUGAUACUGCUGGAAUGUUGCUGAAAAUGACAUGGAACCAAACUCAGCCAUAUUUUGGCUUUUAAGAACUAAGAAAUUGUCCUUUAUGUUUUCUAAAAGUGUUGGGUUUUUUCACAAGAAGACUGCAUCUCACUGAACUAGCUGGAACCCUUUGGCAAAUAUCAGUUGUAGAUUUGAUAACUUCUCCUUGUGCAAUCUCACAUCUUUUCUUUGUUGAGUUUUUCAAAAUAUAUACAUACAAUGGAAGUGAGUGUAAGGAAGCUGAAUGAACAACUCAGUUGUCAAUGUCAUGUUGUCCUUUGUGUUCACUGUUACAUGGUUUUGAACACGGUUAGUCAAUCUUGUCAGACUGAACUACACAUGUUCCAUAGAUGACUGGAAUGUCUCGGACGAGUAGAGUCUCUGCCACGGUCACUUGUCAUUGGGACCAGCAGUCGCAGCGCCUCAUGAAUGACCACUCUCAAACAAUAUUCAAUAAAUGGAGAAUUAGUUGUCUGUUUCAACUUGUCCCAAUUAUUGUGAUAUAUAGAAAAAUUUACUGUGGAUACAUGUCUGAUUUGUUGUUGUUUGCUUUGGGCAGUGGGGUAGCCUAGUGGUUAAUGUGGUUGCAAGUCUCGUCGAAGACCUGUGUUCAAUUC